AUGUGCGCGUGUGUGCCCACAGGUAGUGGCUGGGUGGGCUGGCGCAACGACUCGGUACCCACCAAGUACGUGGAGCUGCUGUUCGAGUUCGACGCGGUGCGCAACUUCAGCGCCGUGCAUCUCUUCACCAACAACUUCUUCUCCAAGCACGUGCAGGCGAGUACCCGCGCGGCGAGCGCUUUCAGCCCUCUAACGCUCUCUGAAACAGCGCCAACUCGCCAGUUCCCCGACUUACCAGCUCUACCAUCGCCUGUCUUCCACCUGUCUACCAAUCUUCUUGCUCUCCAAUCCUCGACGUGGCGGCGGCGGCGCGCCCGCGGCGUGUGUGCGCAGGUGUUCUCGCGCGCGCGCGUCUUCUUCAGCGUGGGCGGCCGCUUCUUCAACGGGCGGCCGCUCAGCUUCUCCUACAUGCCCGACCUGGCCCUGGAGCACGCGCGCAACGUCACCAUCAAGCUGCACGGGCGCGUGGGCCGCUUCGUCAAGCUGCAGCUGCACUUCGCCGCCCGCUGGAUUCUGCUGAGCGAGGUCGCCUUCGACUCCACGCCCGUCGACGCCAACUUCACGGCGGAGACGGAGGCCGCCGUGAGCGAGGACGAGAUCGUGGUGGGGUCGGCGGACGACGCGGCCCCGUGGGACACGCUGGAGACCAUCGCGGCCCCCAGCGCGACGCACGGAUACGUGGAGGUGGUGAUCGGCGUGCUCACCGCCGUCAUGCUUCUUCUGCUGCUCGUAUUCGUGGUGAUCCUCUUGGUGAGCAGGCGACACAAGCUACAAGGCUCCCCGACGAUUCUGCGCAACCCCUUUGGCGUGACCGUUAACAUGAAGGACCUUCUGAUGAACCUGGCGCCCGUGAACGGCGGCGCGGGCCCGCUGCACGCCAGUCAGGCCGCGGCGUCGGCGUCCGCCUCGGGCUCGGCCUCCGCCUCGGCGUCGGCCUCGGCGUCGGCGUCCGCGUCGGCCGCGGCCCUGCUGCUCACCUUCGAGCAGCACCUGGCGGCGCGCGCCGCCACGCCCCCCGCGCCCGCGCCGGCCUCCGCGGGCUGCGCUCUCGCCGCCGGCCCGCCCCGCCGCGAGACCUCGGGCCUGUCGGCGGACCUCUCCGCCGACCUGUCGCUGGAGCUGGAGCUGCCCGUGGGCACGUCGUCUGGUGAGUACAACAAUCUUCACCCCAACCAGUUCGCGUCGCCACGAGCAUCCAGCGACAGGUCGGUGGACCUCUCCGCCGAUCUGUCGCUGGAGCUGCCCAUGGGCAUGUCGUCUGGUGAGUACCACAAUACUGAACCUAGCUCCAUGGAUAACCGCAGACCGCUCCCCCUCGAGCACUCGGGUCACUCGACAGACUUCUCUGCCGACCUAUUGCUGGAGCUGGAGCUGCCCGUGGGUACGUCGUCUGGUGAGUACCACGACUCUGAACCCAUCUCCAGGGCUAACGCCAGCCCGCGUCGCCGCGAGCACUCGGGCCUCUUGACAAACUUCUCCACCUACCUGUCGCUAGAGCUGUCCGUGGACAUGACUGGUGAACACCUCAAUCCUGAACCCAUUUCCAUGACUAACCCCAGCUGGCUCCGUUGCAAGCAUUCGGACAUAUUGGCGGACUCUCCGAUGACCUGUCGCUGGAACUACCCAUGGGAAGGUCGUCUGGUGAGAAUCAUAAUUAUAAAUGCGUACCCAUUCCGCCGCGACUCCUCGGGGCUAUCGGCAGACCUGUUGCUGAAGCUGCUGCUGCCCGUG